AAGGAGCACCGACAUUGCCAUCCAGGACGCUCUGGAGCAGCCAGCGUGGCAUUGAGGGGACGAUGAAGCCCUGGAUUCUCCUUGUUGGGGCAGGAAUAGCCCUGGGCUGCGUGUCUGGCCGUGAGUAAUGGAGCUUGGCGGCGACAGAGGGGCCCAACCAGCCGACCUGUACACGGCCACCGACUCCUGUGAGGGACGCUGCGGGGAGCCCUACAGCGAGGAAGAUGAGUGCCACUGCAACGCCGAGUGCCGGAGGUACCACAGCUGCUGCCGGGAUUACGACAGGCACUGCCGACCCGGUGGAGAAGGGGCCGAGGAGGCGGCUGACGCCCGCGAGGGUUUCUCUAGGAGACAGGAUGCCAUCACCGACCAGGACCUCCUGCGCAUCUCGGAGCAGCUUUACAAGGCCGAUCACAACAAAGCCCAGCCGACCGACAUCACCCUCAACCCCCAGCACCAGGCAUCCCCUGAUGAGACGGGUGACCAGGAGGACCACUCCCCACAGCCGCUCUACAAAUACGUCAAUGAGAAGCUCUUCUCCAAACCCACCUACUCGAGCUUCAUUAAACUGCUGGACAAUUACCAGAGGGCAACGGGCAGGGAGGAGGAGGUGACGGCAGAGGAGCUGAGGGAGCAGGACAACUUCCUCAAGGAGGUGAUGAAAACUGAACUCAUGAAGAAACUCUUCGCCUUUCUCCAUGAGAAAAACCGUUACGGCUCCGAGCAGGAGUUCGUCGCCGAUUUGAAGGAGAUGUGGUUCGGCCUCUACUCCAGAGGCGACGGCGAGCAGGACUCCAGCGGCUUCGAGCACGUCUUCUCAGGGGAGGUGAAAAAAGGGAAGGUGUCAGGAUUCCACAACUGGAUUCGCUUCUACCUUCUGGAAAAGCAGGGCAUCGUCAACUACUUCAGCCACAACUUCAAUGGACCGUGGGACACGUACCCUGAUGUGCUGGGGCUGCAGUUCAGCUGGGACGGCUUCUACAAGGAGGUGGGCUCUGCCUUCAUCGGCUGCAGCCCCGAGUUCGAAUUCGGCCUCUACACCUUGUGCUUCAUCGCGCGGCCUGGGAGGGCGUGUCACCUGAGCCUGGGUGGCUACAGCCUCAGCGUCCAGACCUACACCUGGACUAAGUCCACCUACGGCGAUGGCAAGAAGUACAUCGCCACUGCCUAUGUCAUCUCACCCUGAGGCUGGGAGAGGGGGGACCCCAAGCCUGCGCUGGGGCCAUGGGCUGCCCCACACUGAGGUCUGGGGCACUGGGCAGGACUCGUCCUGCUGGUGCUUGUGCUGUGGGACCAGUGCAGGGUACUGGAGGGAACUGGGAAGGACAGUGGUGGUCAUGCCCAGUGUGGUGGCAAUGGGGGGAUGGAGACAGCAGCUGCAUCCCGGUGCCAUCAUUGUCGUGUUCCCUGGUCACAGCAGAUGGAGGGAAAGGGGGGGACUUGCCAUGGAAAGCAGCACCCCCGAGCAAAUAAAUACUGACCCUGGAUGGUGACAACUUGA